GGCUGGAGCGCCACUGGCACAGUGAUUGAUAUUUUAUUCUUCCACUUCUCCUUUUAAAAAUAUAUGUGGAUAACAUGAACUUUUAAACUCUGUGGUUUGGGACAAACACUCUUUCUUCCCUUCCUUUGGAAGAGAUAUGCAAGUCCUGAGACCCUGGGCCAAUGCUCCCUGCAUUUUAUUGAUGUUUUUACAAUUAAACAAGGGGCAGAUGAGAUUGACAAGCAAGACACAACUCAGGAGCUGCUGGGCAGCAGCCUCCAAACUCUUUGGGUGAUGCAGAGAGCAGUGGGUGUGAAGACUGCUUUCCAGUGCGAGAUUAAUGCAUGAUAACCUGCUCACUGACACCAAAGUCACUUCUCAUCGGCCACUUGUUAUUCCCGAAGUGCAGGAGCUGCAGUGUUUGCCAAAGCCUGGGCAGAACGAUGGAGAACAUUCCUGUCAGAUUUCUCCUUCUCUUCCUGUGCCAGCAGGAGAAACCCAUCCUGGUUAAGGGUUUUGUGCUGUGUGACAGUGUGCAGCUCAGAGCUCAAGCAGUGCCCAGGAGCAUUAAUUAUUGAAUCUGCAGUGCCCCCUCAGCCGUGUGAGCUCGGAGCAGGGCGCUGGGAAGUGGGGCCAUCCCAAUUUCGGGCAGCGGGACUCGGAGCUGGAGCGGUUUGGAGUCAGCACCGGAGCCUGAGCUGCCUCUGUGCUCAGAGAGGGGAGAGCCCUUCCUCUGCAGGGAAUGCUUUUCCACUCGGGAUUUCUCUCCUGGCAGCUCCAGUCUCGCCUCUUCCAGAGCAGAGCACGCUGUGCCCCAGUGCUUUGCUGCUGGGAGCACUGGGAGAGAUCCUGGAACACUGGGAGGGAACUGGGAGCACAGGGAAUGCCAGGAGGGAACUGGGAGGGAUGGUGGAAGCAGCGGGAGUGAGCAAGAAGGAGCACUGGGAGGAUCUCAGGAGCCCUGGGCAGGAAUGGUGCUCCCAGUUCCUGCCCAGGGCUCUCCCCAUCCCUGCCGGGGCUUGCCAGGAAGAGGGACACUGGCAGGGAACGGGGAGGGAAGUGCUCAGCACUCUGCAAGGUGCAGCAGCCCCAGGGGUGAGCAGGGAGGAGGGGGAAGUGCCUCCAGUCCUCCCUUGUGCCCCCAAAAAUGGGGGGUGACGAGGAGAAAAGGGAUUUAAAUGGAGGAGGGAAAGCUUUUCUGUAAUUGUGUUUGAACUGGGGAGGAUCCCCAUGCAGGUGUUAUUUGAAGGGUCUCAGUUGAAGGAAAACACACCUUUUUCAUUAUUUUGGGUGCCUCCCUUGGCAGGCAAUCACUGCUUGCCAUGAUUUCCAUGUUUAAAUGGAAGGAGAAAACCUUUAUCAUCCUGCAUGAAUUGAGGGAAAGAGCCCCAUUUUCAUCAUUGUCAGGUUCAAACUGAGGGCAAACCCCGCUGUGCCUGCUCUGAAAGUGCUUCCCUUGAGAGGAACCCCUUGAUGAGCCAUUGUAAGAGUGCCAUCGAGGGGACCCUCCAUCUCAAGGGACCUUCACUAAUGGAAAAGAUGUGGAAAAGCUCCCAGAAUGGUCUUUCUUGAGGGCAACUGCAUUUUCCCUCUGUUUUGGAGGCUAAAUUGAGGGAAAUCCCCUUCUGUGAGAAUACCUGGGGCAGUGACUGAUUGCCACAGAGCAGGAGCAGCCCUGCCCUCAGCAGCUCACAGCCCUGCCCCACAAGGAUGUGUCACAGAAGGGUUGGUAAAGACCACAGGAGCCUCAGCUCAGGUGAGGCUUUCCACAGAGCCCAGAGAUCUUAUCCUGGAACUCUGAAAGCACAGGAGAAUCAGGAGCCAGCCCUGGCUCAAGGCACAGCAACCCUGCUGAAACAAGAGAAGGGAGCAAAGGCUGAGGAGGCAGGGCAGGAACGGCUGCAGAGCCUGUUCAAAGAGAGGCAUCUGCAGCUGGAGAACAGAACAGAGAUCCCAGAGCGGCACGUGUCUGUGAGAGUUACACAGAGAUGUGUCAAAGUUUGUGAAAAGCCACUUAUAAACAAGGUCAUGACAUCUUAUGAACAAUGCCUGUUCUAAAAAUCAGUGAAUUCACAUGAUGGAACCAAUACAUCAGCAGUGACUGCCUCAGGAAUUUGAGACAAUGUUCUUCCAGCAUUCAGCUUUUGAAAGUUCAGUAAUAAUAACAACAGUUGUAACUGUAAUAGGAUAGAAAAAGGGAUAUUUCCAGUGCUGGGUGCUCCAGGUAAACCGCCAAAGAACACACCAGGCUAUACAGGCAACGUUAUAUUUAUACUAUAUAUUGCGGAGGUCCAUGCCUGUUCUUGUAUUUCAUGCCUUAUUCAAACAUUCUUUCGAACUUUCUGAUGUUGUGGGAACUCUUGUCUGACUUCUUCACACUCUAAUCUGCAUGACAUCCUGGGUGUCAGGUCAAUAUGUUUUAUUUUUUCUUGUGUCUCCAUCUUGCUGUUUCACAUACUCUGAUAAGAAUGUUUUCCGUAGUUAGAUGUUAGACGUUUAGUAUGUUCCCCUUAACUUUAACAUGGUAUUCUCUAAUUGUCCUCCGGUGCUCUGGUUUGUGUCACCAUUAUUGUAUCUCUUGGACAGCCUAGUCAAUGGAUGGCCUUACACUGUUUUUAGUUACACAAAAGCCUUUUUCACAUCUGAUGUUUUGCUCAGAUCUAUAAUGCAGUACAUUCACCACACUAUUAUUUCCAUAAGUGAUACAUAGAUGUUAUAUACUUUACACUACUAUGUCUAUGAGCAAUACAGUGCAUACUUAAGCUGAUGGAUUAUAUUAUACUAGCAUCCAGCUAGAAAGAGUUAUAAUUGAUACUAUAUCGAAAUAGGUAUAAUCGCUAACAACAUGCAUGGGCUAAUAGGUAAAUGUGAAAGCCAAAGUUACCUGGUCGUUUUUCACCCGGGCAGGGCAGGGAGCCCCAGCGGCCGUGCCGGCUGAGCUCGGUGUCGCCGGGCUGCCAGGCGCCGGGGCAGGGAAUGCGGGGACAAUGGCGAGCAGCCGGCGCUGCUGGCUCCUGUCCCUCGGCAGGCGCACUCGGAGCCGCAGCUGCCCCGGGCCAGCAGCAGGCGGCAGCUCGCAGCGCUGUCAGCGCCUGUCCCGGCACGGAGCUGGGCUGCAGCGGCUGCGGAGCCCCCGGGCCGGGGCUGCGGGCACCGCGCAGCUCCCGCAGGCUGCGCUUGUCUCCGCAGCUGCUGCCGCAGCUCUGGGCAGCGGGGACAGCGCAGCCAGAGCUGGCAGCGCCCUCCUGAGCCUCGGGCUGCCGCAGGGCCGGCACCAGCAGCGACCUCUCUGCGUGUCCCUUGCAGGGUGCCAGCAGCGCGGCUGCAAAGCUGCUCCCGAGGCCGAGCUCCCAAAGGAUCUGUCAGCACUCCUGAUGGGUCGGCAGCAAGGUGCUGAUUGUUCCAGGCAGAGAGAUGCCGGCUGUGAGCAGGAGGAGAGUGAAUUGUGCUCCAUUCAUGGAGUUCUGAAUGAGCCCCAGCAUCUCCAGGAGGGACCAGCAGCCGGGGUUCCACACUCGCCUGGGGCACAAGAAGCCACUUGGCAUCAGCAGGGGGCUGCCACUUGUGAGCGAGCAGUGAGGGAAGAUGUGGAGAAUGGAUUCUGCACCAGGGAUGGGAGUGUGAGGAAACCCCUGGAUCCCCAGGGCACAUCAGCAACCGGCAAUGAACACAAAUGGAACCUCAGAAGAUUGCUGGGUGAAUGGUUCAGGAGCCAUCCCGUGGGCACGGCGCUGCUGAUUCUGCUGCUCCUGGUGCUGCUGCUGGCUUUGGGGGUGGCCUUGGCUGUGCUGGCAGCAGCAGCAGCACAGGUUCCAGUGACACCUGCCACUCCGCUGUUGGUUCUGGGCUGUCCCCGUGGCUGGGUUGGCUACAAUGGGGUCUGCUACUACAUGUCAAGGGAUCACAGCAGCUGGGAGCAGGCUGAGGAACGGUGCUCGGAGCUCGGGGCCUCCCUGGCCAUUCUGAAGGAUGAGGAGGCCAUGGGUUUGCUCUUCCGCCUCCGCGGGAACGGCGAUUACUGGCUCGGGCUGCGCAGACGGGGCGAGCGCCUGCACUGGGGGGACGGCAGCAGCUACAGCUCCCGGGUUCCUGUCCUCGGCAAUUCCGACUGUGUGUACCUGGCUGACGGGGAGAGAUUCAGGAGUGAGUUCUGCUCAAACGAGCGGCCGUAUGUCUGCAGCAGGGCCCAGGCUCCCCUGUAACAGGGGCUGCAGAAAGGACCUUCUCCACGCUGGGCAGUGCCAGCUUCACCUCUCAGCCCAGCCCAGGGCUGUCCUUGCUCAGCUGCACCCUGUGCCUUGCCCUCGCUCUCAGGGUCACCUCAGUGCCUCUUCAUCCAUGCCCAGUGCCAGCGCUGGGCUGGGUGUGCAAAGGAAAAGGCUCUGCAAUCCAUCCUGCCUCCGAUGCUGCCUGGAGUGACUGCAUUGCCCUCAUCAUGUGUGGGAAAUACGGCUCACUAUUUACACUUUUUUGGAAUGUUUUUAGGAGAAAAAAUGUACUAAAACCAGCACUGUGCUGCUGGGGUAUUUGCCCACAUAAGUUAAUUUAAACUGUGUUGUCUACAUAUUGUUGUAUUAUAGGGGGCGCAUCCAUAUUUUUAAUCGUUACAUAAUAUAUAAUUCCUUUGAGUUUACAUGUUCUUUUGUUUGGUUUUCACUUUUGACAUGUCUUCCUGCCAUCUUGCCUAUUAAGAUAAUAUAUUUUAUUUUUGUUGUGGUUCUAUCUUGUUUAUGUUCACUCCUUGGAAAUGGGGAUCCAUAAAUCAUUCUCUUUUUUCA